GUGCUGGGGGCGUCUGGACCGCUCCCUCCGGGUCUCCGCAACACACGCCCCACAGAGAAUCGGGCUCACGCCAUCUAGCGCCCCCCAUCGCCCCUCCGCUCCAGCCGGGCCACCUUUCCCCUUUCUACACUUUCAGCCCUCCCACCCCGCCCCUCCCCAAGCGUAUCCCGGGCCGCAGCGGCAGAAAUCGCACCAUCUCUACCCCCACAUUCUCCACGCGGGACGCGCAGCCGUGCCUACAAGUGUUGGCAGAGAUGAAUACUACUGCAGCCAGCCCAAUGUCUACUGCUACUUCAAGUAGUGGGAGAAGUGCAGGGAAGUCUGUAAGCUUUGCAGCAGAAUUACAGAGUAUGAUGUUUUCUUUAGGUGAUGCUAGGAGGCCUCUUCAUGAAACAGCGGUUUUGGUGGAAGAUGUGGUACACACUCAGUUAAUUAAUCUGUUACAGCAAGCAGCUGAAGUUUCACAACUUCGGGGAGCAAGGGUAAUAUCUGCCGAAGAUCUUCUGUUUUUGAUGCGCAAAGAUAAGAAAAAACUUAGAAGACUGCUAAAAUACAUGUUUUUCCGAGACUACAAAUCAAAGAUUGUCAAAGGCAUAGACGACGAUGAUCUCCUGGAAGACAAAUCAGGUGGCAGUAAUAAUUCAAACAAAAGACAAAAAAUCGCCCAAGACUUUUUCAACUCCAUUGACCAGACAGGAGAACUCUUGGCAAUGUUUGAAGAUGAUGAAAUUGAUGACGUUAAACAAGAAAGAAUGGAGAGAGCAGAAAGACAAACUCGAAUUAUGGAUUCAGCUCAAUAUGCAGAAUUCUGCGAAAGUCGACAAUUAAGUUUCUCCAAAAAAGCCUCCAAAUUUCGAGACUGGUUGGACUGCAGCAGUAUGGAGAUAAAACCCAAUGUUAUCGCUAUGGAAAUUUUAGCAUAUUUAGCAUAUGAAACUGUGGCACAGUUAGUGGAUCUGGCUCUUCUUGUGAGGCAGGACAUGGUAACCAAGGCAGGAGACCCCUUCAGCCAUGCCAUUUCGGCCACCUUCAUUCAGUAUCACAACUCUGCUGAGGGGUCUUACAUGAAGUCCUACCCAGAGUCUCCCGAGAAUACACCUCCCCCUACACCCACAGCCCCACCAUCUGGAUCCCAGCACUCAGGGAAAACUGCAUCAGGAUCCCUUGGGAAUGGAAGUGCUGGACAAGACUCGGCUAAAACCAAGCAAAGAAAAAGAAAAAAGAGCACUGCGGCCUGUGGUGUUGAGGCUCACAGCAAUGCCAUCCAGCCCUGCCACAUCAGAGAGGCCAUUCGACGCUACGGCCACAAGAUUGGCCCCCUUUCCCCGUUCACAAGUGCCUACCGCCGGAAUGGGAUGGCCUUUCUGGCCUGCUGAUAGGAUGGGGACUGCAAGAACAGGAAAGGAGGCGAUGUUCUAGUAAGGUGAUGUCUCUUCCCCUCUCUGGACACAAUAAAACACAAGUUUACCUUGUCUGUAUCCUCAGGAGUGGGCUGGUUUGUUGUGACUAUGAACAGGCUGACUCCAGCUCUUUUCCAGCCCCCUCACGCUCAGUCUUGUUUACUAGAUGGGCCGUUUAGCUAAUUAAUGGCAGGAUGUUUGGGAUACUGUGUAGGUGGACAAGAAUGCAGAUCACACAAUUUUGAAAUUUUAAUUUAGAAUGGGUUUACUGCCCUCAGUUCACAUAUCUUAAAAGCAGUGUCUUUUUCUUUUCUUUUUUUCCCCCCCAGUGUUUAGUCUAUGUUUUACAUGAUGCAUUUUGUAAUCCAAGUUUGGGACAAAGGAAACAAAAUUAAAAGGACAGUCAGUUUUCCUCUUGCACUAUCCCACCAACUUUCCAACAUUUGUUGACUCUCUCUACAUAAAAUGGAGACAAGUAUCCAUUUUAUAAAGUCACACUCCUCAGAGACCUAAUUGACCUGAUGAACUGUCUGUUCCCACCUUUCCUUCACCCCAUGUACACUGGGGUUGCCAAGAAAAUGUAUACGAGUGGACACUUUAGUCACCGUUGCUCAAGCAGUAGUUCGCCAUCAUCAGAAGUGUCUGGACGCUGAUGGUAACCACUUUGAGCACCUCUUGUAAUUGCAGAAGUCAAACGUGACUUGUGUUCUUUUGUUAUCGGUAUAUAUUAUUACAAUUUUAAUACAGUUUUCCUUUCUUAAAAUGUAUAUACAUUUUUUUGGCACCCCCUGUAUAGCUAGUAUAUAUGUCAUUUUCAUGCCUUCUUCCCGACAUCCUGCAUGUCUGCCUGUCAUGUGUGGUUUUCCUCACAUAGAUCCAUCUUCAUUUCUCUCCUUUCCCUGUGCCUCCAUUCCCCAGGCCCACUGCUCACACACGUGCCGGACCCAUUUAGAAGCAAAGUAAUCAGAAUCAGUAGAGGAAGGGGAGCCGAGUGAUUUGCCUUCUCCCUUCAAAGCACUCCCACACCUAGACUGGAAAUGUAGACUGAGUAACUUCUUGCUGGUAGCAACUGAGCUACUCUUCUGGCAUGAGGAACUUGAACUCUUGGGAAAAACAUAGCAGAUGUAACUGUAUAGUUCCUGAUUAAACUUGAAUUGCAAAAAAAAAAAUUUAUUUCUUUAAUUCUGGAGAAGUUUUGUGUAAUUUUACUUUUAUCAUGGUUUUUACACACACUGAAUCAGCCUUUGUAAAGAAUUAAUGAAAACAGAAGUGAGAAGCAUGAAAGAUUUUCAUCUUGUGACCAAAUCAUCGUGAAGCUCAGUUAAUAUGAUUGCGCCAUGUUAUUCACAUUUGUUAGCUAUCACUUACCUGCUCUGUGUUAGUCCUUCUGGAAAAAAUCUCUAUGUCAGGAACAAAAAACGCAGAUAUAUAAUAUCAAAAAAUUGCCAAAGGGUUUUGAUGUUCCAUCUGUGCUUGCUGAAAUGUAUGAUUAAACUUUUCUUUUUAUCAUCA